AAGCAUGGAGACCUAAAUCACAAAAAGGGUAUAAUAUUAUAAUUUUACCGUUGAAAUGAAUAAUUUCUUUUGACUAAAUGGGAAUUUAAGGUUUUAGAUAGAGAGAAAAAGAAAGAGGUGAGAAAAACAAAAACAGAUAGGAGGAAUAUGAAGAAGAGUAAACGAGAGAACUUGCUUUCUCCUUCAUCUUCAUGGCGGGAAAACCAUAAUCCUCCACGGAGAAACUCAAACUCCUCCGCCGUCUCCUCCGGCUGCCUCCCCGGGUUCUUCAACCUCUUCCUCUCCACCUUCAACCGCCGCAAAUCCAUCACCUUGGGAUCUAAAAAGCGAGAACAAAGAACCGUCGUUUACGCUUCUCCUCCGCAAGAUUCAUCAAACGGACAAGGCGGAGGAAUCGUUGCGCCACCGCUUCCGCACAAUGAAGGAGAGGGAGAUGCGGCGAGAGUUAGUCUAGUCGGAGCACUAGAGAAAUGUGAUCGGGACUUAGAGGAGCUAAGAAGAACCAUCGACGUCAUCAAAACCACUUACAUUCUUCACAAGAGACUUGAGGUUUCUCCGCCGACCACACGUGAGAAUUUUAAAUUCUCCGGCACCGUACUGGCAGGAGAUGUCGUCGUGGGGACGCACACGCAGAAGAACACGAAGACGACACAACACGAACCAGACACAGACACGAUGUUGUCGAUGAUGAACCAUCACGAAUAUUGCUGCAAAGACAACAAACCCUACAAAGUCAACAAUAUAAAUCUAAUCACUAGACCCGAUCAUUACUCCAUUCAUGACGUCAUUUCCAAGAGAUCAACGUCAACGACGACGACAGAGUCAUGUGGCACGUUGCCCCUUGUGGUGCGGAGGGUAAGACGGAGCUUGAUGGAGAGCGUGAACCAAGUUUGUGAUGACGUGGCAUCUGGUCAACGAAGAGAGGUCGCUAAAAUCGGUUUGGCUCUUCAUGAUCACAUCUGUCGCGACUUGAUCGCAGAGACCGUUCGAGAGCUCUCCUUCUCUGACUACGACGACGACGAGUUUUAUCAAUCGCCGGUGGAUUCUUCUGUUUGUUACGGCGGAGGAGGUAAAGGCCAACACAUCCGACGUGGCAGCAGCAACUCUCUCCCAUUCGACGCGUGUCGAAGAAGAUUAGUGUUUUGAUGCGAUUGAUAUCUUUAGGUUCGUUGUGACGGUUAUGGAAGUCAUAGUUGCGACAAUUUUCACCUAUGACACUUGUUGUUUAAAUUAUUUUAUAAUUUUCUUAGCUUAUUCAGAAUUUAAGACAUAUCUUUCAAUAGAGUGCAAUUGGUUGUUUAGGGUUUAAUGAAUGAUACACUAUUUGCAUUCAAUAUAAAAACUUUCCCUAUUUGAUGAAUU